GAUUCUCAAAGUGACACUGAUAACACUCAGUUGACUUCAGAAGAAUCAAAAUGUACUUUAACAAGGAGAUCAACUUGCUGGAGUAUCCAGGGACAGCAAGACCAAGAGAGAAAAGUUUUUGCAAGGGAUGAUGACCCUGAAACCAAACGGCAGAAUUGUAACUUGUUUUCACUGCUUUUUCUGGUCAUGGGGAUGGUUUCUUUCAUCACAUACUUCUUUCAGACAGCCCUUGACCUAACGACAGCAAGGGGAUGUUCAGUUGCUGCAAUGAUUAGAAUGAAGAUGGAAACAUGAGAAUGGGAGCCCCGGGGAUAAGUUUGGAGCUAAGUAUUUCUGUUCAAUUUGGUAUUUAGAGAAAUGUCUUCCUGUAUUUGGACAAAAGAAAGAAAGAAUAAGGAACUAAAAGAACUUGCAAAUAUAGCACACUAAAAAAAAGUUGAGAUUUGUUGCUAAGCUCUUGCUACAGAGAAAGAACCCUUACAAUGAUAGGAGAAGCAUUAAAAGCUGUUGUAUUUUAUGAUUAAUAUUUACUAUUGAUAUAUCUUCGGUAAAGCUGCUGCUAAUCCUAAACAGCUGUAUACCCAAAUCACCACACAGACACUGGGAUUUAUUUAAUUAACCUAGAACACAAUGCUGGGCAAUAGUUGUUCCAUCCUAAACCUCCAAGCUCUCUUAGUUUCUAACAUUUAGAUUUCCCACAUUAUACUUGCUUUUAGUGAUAUAUUAGGUCCAGUCCAUCUCUCCAUGUCAUUCCAAGAUCUCUCCCUCCAGCUCUGCUUUCCUAGCUCUGCCCUUGCCCUUUUGCCUCCCACUCUUUUCCUGUCCUCUGGCUCCUCCCCUCUCCCCUGCUUCCUUUUUCUUGUUCAACAUUGUGGCUAGUUGCUUUAUUUUGGCAUGUUUACACAAAGUUGAGACAGGUAAUACUUAGAAUAAAUAUCACAAUACAAUGUCCGGAUUGAAGCCAGAGAGUGGGGAAGAGAAAUCAGCAUUUGAAUGACCAAGGGUAAGGUGUAUACAUUUCAAAAGAACAUUAUACCAACAAAAAGCCAAUCAUGAAGAAGAAGAAGAAGAAGAAGAAGAAGAAGAAGAAGAAGAAGAAGAAGAAGAACUGCUUAAGACCCAUCCUUAACAUGGGUUUUGCUACUUGAAAAUCAUGUGAUUCCAAUUAUAAACAAACAAUUAUAAACAAAUUAUAAUUCCAAUUAUAAACAAAUUAUAAACACUGUAGUGUUGAAAGGCACGCAGUGUAGACUCUGGGGUUAGACCUAGAUCUUUCUGUCAUUUGCACACAUGGCCAAUUAUGUAUUUAUGGGAAAAUUAGUCAUUUUAUCUGUUUUUGCCUGAACUUUCUUUCUCCAAAAUAUGGGAAGUUUUACCUCAUGAUGAUUAAAAGAAAUAUGAGCAAGUGAGCAAGCCCAUAUCUAUGAGAGGCAUUAUGAAAUAACCUCCUACCCAGUGAGUCAGUGAUUACCCACAUGAAAUAUUGUAGCUGAAACUUUGAAUACAUUUCUUUAAUACAUUCUGGGCUUUAAUUUAGAAUUUUAUUUUAUGUGAUGAGUGUUUUGCCUGCAUGUAUGUCUGUGUACCAUGUGCAUGCCUGUUGCCAGUGGAAGCCAGAAGAGGGAGAUGAGUUCCCUGAAACAGGAGUUACAGAUGGUUAUGAACCACCACCAGGAAUGGAACUAGGGUUCUCUGGAAGAGCAGCCAGUGCUCUUAACUACUGAGCCAUCUCUCCAGCUCUUAGUUAUAUUCUAGACGUGUAUUAAUAUUUUUGUAGACAAGACACAGUUCCUGAACACUGUUGGAGAUGAAAAAGGGGAAUAAAACGGUUACUUGACUAAAUGCUUAAAAGGCUGUAGAACUCCAUCUUGCUAGAAUAAAUAGACAUGGCUUACCUGCAAGAGACUCACGGGUGUUCGGAGAAGUUUUGGUUGCUCCGUGUGGAGUGGGUAAGAGAUUGGGAGGGAGGCAGCUUGGAGAUGGUCACUCCUACUUUGGCAGUUGGACUAGCGAAGCAUAAAGAGUGAAAGCCAUUCCCUCACAGCCUGGCUGUGUUGGGAAAACUGAGUCUCCGGUGACUCAGUCUGAGAAACAGCCAGUGGAUCCCUGGACAUCAGUGGAUUUCAAAUCCAUGCUGGAAAGGAUGGAAUGCCCAGGUGCUCAUCCGAGAAUCAAGCAGGGACCUCAGUGAGGACCAGAGAGUCAGCCUGAGUCCUUUCUUGCUCAGGAGUUCACAUUCCUUGGUAUAGACCCUGAUAAGCCCCUGCUGGGCUGUGACCUCUGGAGACCUGUCAACUAUUCCAACUCCCAGCUUGGUUUUACGCACGAUGGUUCUAGGGCUUUGAGAUUGUACGUGCACAAGCCCACCAUGUAACAGAAGGUAGCUCUUGGCAAAAAUGACUAACUCCUGCAGGUGGGUAGUAGCCCAUUUAGUCUAGCAAAUUCAAAGUGAGAAAAAUCUUUCGUGUACAUUUGGUCCAACAGCAGAAACCUGUUUGUGGCCCCCAUCUGGCCUUUACUUACAUAGUCCCUCUUUUCCUUUUCCAUCUUGACUUGAUUCCUCAGCACGUUUUUCCUCCCUUUCUUUCAGUAACACCCAGAGUGCAACUUGAGAGGCACAAAGGGAUAUAUGGCUGCCCUCUUCGACACCACAGGAGGUUACAGGGUUGCAGUUAGGACCUUCCAUUCUUUGUUGCGCCAUACAACCUUUCCCAUGCUGCUUUUCUGUUUCUCAUCUAUAGGUUGCCAUUUCCAGUUUCAUGUGAAAAGGGGAAUAUUGCUGCUUCCAAGUCCUUUGCACCCCCUAGUCAUUGUGUUGAGGGCUUGGCUGUCAUUCCUUCCCAGAUGUGGCCUGGCAUAGCAGCACACUUGUAUCUUACUGUUCUUUCCUGCUUACAGUCCCUCUUCUAGACAUUGAACUGUACAGAAGGAUGGGAAGAUGGAAUCCAAAAGGCUUCCUCUUGAAGAGCCACUUUGCUCAAUCUGUUUUGAUACCAAAGUUUGGCUUUCUCAGUUCCUCCCUUAUGGAUGGGUGGCUAUAAAUUCUUUUUCCAGAUUUCACCUUAGGUUCUUGGGCAGCCAUUAACAGUGCAUCUUUUGUCUCACAAAUGUUCCAAUUAAAUAAUAGUUUAUGCUUACAGCUUGUCUUGGUUAGGUUUUUAUUGCUGUGAAGAGACACCAUGACUAAGGCAACUCUUAUAAAAACAAACAAACAUUUAAUUGGGGAUGGCUUACAGUUUCAGAGGUUAAGUGCCAUUUUCAUCAUGGUGGCAAGCAUGGCAGAAUGCAGGCAGACAUGCUGGAGGAGCCGAGAUCUCUAGAUCUUGGUCCGCAGGCAACAAGGAGACUGUGAUCCACACUUGGCAGGGCUUGAACGUUAGAGACCUCAGAGCCCGCCCCCACAGUGACACGCUUCCUCCAACAAGGUCACACCUCCUAAUAGUGCCACUCCCCAUGACACAUGAGUUCAUGGGGGCCGUAGCUAUUCAAACCACCACAGAGCUUGUUUAGAGUGGCCCUGCUUUCUAGCUGAUUGAAUGAUGAGGAGCUGGGAAGGGUUGGCUGGGAUUGGGAUGGAGUGGGUGAGGCACAUAAAUGCGUUUUUAGUACACCUCUGGAUACCCUGUCACUAAAACACCGGCCUCUUCUAGGCCUCUCGCCACUGCAGCUACAUGCCUGGCCCUGCAGUCUAGGGUCACAACAAGACAGCCACCCCAGGAACUGAGGCCUUGCGGCUGCAUGUGUCAUAUAUUCCUACCACAAUAACGGCGGUCCCCCUUCCUGCUGUGUAAUUGCUGCCUGAGUCCCCGACCAGUCUUCCGUGUAACGCGUCCUCGUUCCUCUUAGGGCUUCACCUUUGGCAAAGCUGGAGAGAUCCUCACCAAGCGACUCCGCUACAUGGUUUUCAAGUCCAUGCUGAGACAGGUACGGCUGUCGAGGGUUGCACCCCGGGGACGUAAGCUGGUUUGAUGAUCAUAAAAACAGCACUGGCACACUGACCGCCAGGCUCGCCAGUGACGCCUCGAAUGUUAAAGGGGCUAUGGGUUCCAGGCUUGCUGUAAUUACCCAGAAUGUAGCAAAUCUUGGGACAGGAAUUAUCAUAUCCUUAAUCUAUGGCUGGCAGUUGACAGUUUUACUGGUAGUAAUCAUACCGCUCAUUAUAUUGGGUGGAAUUAUUGAGCUGAAACUGUUGUCUGGUCAAGCUCUGAGAGACAAGAAAGAAUUAGAGGUUUCUGGGAAGAUUGCUACUGAAGCAAUAGAAAACUUCCGCACUGUUGUCUCUCUGACCCGGGAGCAGAAGUUUGAAAAUAUGUUUGCACAGAGCCUGCAGAUACCAUACAGAAAUGCUCUGAAGAAAGCGCACAUCUUCGGGAUCACCUUCUCCUUCACGCAGGCCAUGAUGUACUUUUCCUAUGCUGCUUGUUUCCGGUUCGGUGCCUACCUGGUGGUGUGUGAACUCAUGACUUUCGAGAAUGUUAUGUUGGUGUUUUCAGCUGUUGUCUUUGGUGCCAUGGCAGCUGGGAAUGCAAGUUCAUUUGCUCCUGACUAUGCAAAAGCCAAAGUAGCGGCAUCACAUAUCAUCAGGAUCAUUGAGAAAGUCCCUUCCAUUGACAGCUACAGCACGGAAGGCCUAAAGCCUAAUCAGUUAGAAGGAAAUGUGAGAUUUAACGGAGUCGUGUUCAACUACCCGACCCGACCCAACAUCCCAGUGCUUCAGGGGCUGAGCCUGGAGGUGAAGAAGGGCCAGACACUCGCCCUGGUGGGCAGCAGUGGCUGCGGGAAGAGCACAGUGGUCCAGCUGCUGGAGCGGUUCUACGACCCCCUGGCCGGGACAGUGUUUCUAGAUGGCAAAGAAAUAAACCAACUCAAUGUCCAGUGGCUCCGAGCACACCUGGGCAUUGUGUCCCAAGAGCCCAUCCUGUUUGACUGCAGCAUCGCCGAGAACAUCGCCUAUGGAGACAACAGCCGGGUCGUGUCCCAGGAUGAGAUUGUGAGGGCGGCCAAGGAGGCCAACAUCCACCAGUUCAUUGAUUCACUGCCUGACAAAUACAACACUAGAGUAGGAGACAAAGGGACUCAGCUGUCAGGUGGGCAGAAGCAGCGAAUCGCCAUCGCACGUGCCCUUGUCAGGCAGCCUCAUAUUUUGCUUCUGGAUGAAGCAACGUCAGCUCUGGAUACAGAAAGCGAAAAGGUUGUCCAGGAAGCCCUGGACAAAGCCAGGGAAGGCCGCACCUGCAUCGUGAUCGCGCACCGCCUGUCCACCAUCCAGAACGCAGACCUGAUCGUGGUGAUUCAGAACGGCAAGGUCAAGGAGCAUGGCACCCACCAGCAGCUGCUGGCGCAGAAAGGCAUCUAUUUCACAAUGGUCCAGGCUAGAGCAAAACACUUGUGAACUGUGACUGUUUGAGGUGCUAAAUAUUUUUAAUAUUGGCAUUUAAAUAUGGCUCUAAACCAAAGUUAAAUGGUGAGCACUGUUAAAGGCAAUUUCAUCAAGAUGAGACAGCCUUCAGAGACCUCAUAAUUAAAUGAACUAAAAUGGGAAAAAUCAUCAUUAAAUAGGGGUAGUGUUUUUAAUUGCAUUACGUGAUUCAUAAGAGAAAAAAAAUUUAAUAGAAUGUGUAAUUUUGUCUUAAUUUUUAAUUUCAACCCUACUUUGUUAAAUAAUGGUAAAGGCUGUAAAAAGCACUGAACUAUUCCAUAAGUGCCUAUAAAAACUAAAUUUUUAUAUAAUUGGA